GAGUGAAUGGACCACAGAUACAUCGCAAAAUGGGUUUGGCACAAUAUCCUCCCGGUCCCAUUGGUUCGCCAGACGACCCUUUGGCCGAUCCAUUUGAUGAUCCCUCGUACAGCUUCAGUUUUCGAACACCGGAUCAAUCGCGCUCUGAAGACAAUGAUGCCACGGGACGAGUGAGAGGACUCUAUUCAUUUCUCGAUGAUGAGGGAGAACGUCACAGUGUCCGUUAUGCUGCCGGUGCGGGAACAGGUUUUGAGGUGUCAAAUGCUGUGCCAGAUAAUCCAGCCAGUGUUGGUUACACAAGUCCUUUGUACAAGGCACCACCCGGAACGAGAGGGAAAAUGUCCGUACAAAGGGGUCCUGAUGGAACAUAUAAGUUAAUUGCUGCCGGCCCAGAUCAUAGACGUGCCGAAAGUAGGACACCAGAUGGAGUGGUUAGAGGCACCUAUUCCUUUCUCGAUGACAAGGGUAUUCAAAGAACUGUGGAAUAUAUUGCCGGAGCGGGAAUUGGUUAUAGGGUGGUGAAGAAUCGCAUUGGACCCACCUCACAUAUCAAUCCUUCUGUAUCAGAUUUUCGUCUAAGCGAUACAAGCUUUAGGUUGGCCAAUGAUUUUGGAACUGGUGCCGGGGCAGGUGGUGGAGGAGGCGGCACUGGCAGUAGUUCGGGAUCAGGUGGUGGUCGUGUAAGAGGUGGAAAUAACCGUGUCACGGGCGGUGGAGGAGGGGGAGGUGGGGAUGAAGAUAGUGAAAUGGAAUAUGUCUCGUCGGAUAGUCGUCCAAUCACAACCUCUUCUUCGGAUGCGGAUAAUGACGACAAUGAAAUAAGCCUUGGAGAUGAUAGCGAUUUUGAUGAGGACAAUGGCAAAAAUGAUCGCUCAAAUCCAAAAACUAAAACAGAUCGCAUGGGUACCAUCAAUCGUGGUAGAGGAGGCACAAGAAAUCGUGGAAACACAAAUCUACGUGAAGAUGAUCUACUCGAUCGAGAACCAAUGUCAGAACGAGAUUCCCCUAAAAUUCCCUCGAGACCGGGAAGUAGAGUUCCCGGCAAUCGUAAUAGUCUGAACAAUGAUGCAAGAGAAAGUAAUCGCCGAAAUCGUCCUCCCUCCAGAAAUGGUGGAGGUGCUGGUGGAAGAGGAGGAGGGGGAGGGGGAAGUGGAGGAGGAAGCAUUUCUUCGACAAGCAGCAAUGGUUAUGAAUAUAAUCCUCCAUCCAAAGGAUCUUCAUCGCGAAAUAACUAUAAUCCCAAUGAUGAUGAUAUUGGCACAGCCCUGCCACCUUUGAUAACGGCGAAUCGUAAAAUUCUAGAAAUCGAUAGAGAUCGUGAAUGGGUGGAGCAUCAUCGUGAUUCAACGGUCAUUAAAAAUGUUGGAAAAUGGUAUAUUGGCUUGCCACCGGGCCAGAGUGUUCGGGCCCAUGUUCAAAAUAUUGACAUAUUACCAUUGGGUGGUCGUCGGGUGCCCUCGCCAUCGGAAGCCUUGCGCCAGGAUGAAUUGGCCGAUAUGACAGCCUCGUAUGAGCAUCAUGACAGAUCUCCCUAUAGCAGUUAGUUUUUAAGACAUACAUACACAAAUAAAUAUACUUAUUUAUGCCGUUAGGUUAAGCGAAGAUGGCGUGCGCAUCAAUGCUAGCUUUAGUUUUAUAAGUUGAGACAUUCACACAUACAUACAUACAUUUUAGUAAACAAAUGUAAUUUUUUUUUUGGUAUUCUUUCCCCCAAUUGGCAAUGAUACUUCUUUAAUAAAGUUACACCAACAACAACAAUAAACGAAUAACUGCCGUUCUUUUGUUCUUGAAAUGUUAUAUUUGUGUAAAUUGUGAGAAAAUGCGGUAUUUGUUCGGUUUUUGGCUAUGAGAAGUUAUAUUGCUCUUUAAUGUUAUUUUUGGCCAUG